UUCAGGUCUACAGAGACUCAGACAGGUUCAGGUCUACAGAGAGACUCAGACAGGUUCAGGUCUACAGAGACUCAGACAGGUCCAGGUCUACAGAGAGACUCAGACAGGUCCAGGUCUACAGAGACUCAGACAGGUUCAGGUCUACAGAGAGCUGAUGAAGAUGAUGAAGAUGAUGAAGAUGAUGGUGGUCCUGGUCCUCUCCUGUGUCCUCAGUGUCUCAGCUGACGGUCUACAUGAGGACAUUGAGAUCGUUGGCUGUUCAGACUCUGAUGGAGAGGACAUGUACGCUCUGGAUGGUGAGGAGAUGUGGUACGCAGACUUCAUCAACAAGAAGGGGGUGGAGCCUCAGCCCAGCUUCAUUGAUCACAUCAGCUAUGUGGAAGGAACUUAUGAGAGUGCAGAGGCUAAGCAACAGACCUGCAGACAGAACCUGAAAGUGGGACUCAAAGCAAUAAAGGACAUCCCACUGGAAUUCGAUCCUCCGUCCAGUCCCAUGAUCUACUCCAGAGACAACGUGGAGCUGGGACAGAACAACAUCCUCAUCUGUCAUGUGACUGGUUUCUAUCCUGCUCCUGUAACGUUCUACUGGACGAAGAACAACAAGAACGUCACUGAAGGAACCAGCGUCAACGUUCCCUUCCCCAACAAGGACGGUUCCUUCAACCAGUUCUCCAGACUGGAGUUCGUCCCACAGCUGGGAGACAUCUACAGCUGUUCAGUGGGACAUCAGACCCUGGACCAACCACUGACCAGAAUCUGGGAUGUGGAGAAGACUCAGCCCAGUGUUGGACCUGCAGUUUUCUGUGGAGUGGGUCUGACUGUCGGUCUGCUCGGUGUGGCUGCUGGAACCUUCUUCCUCAUCAAAGGAACGAGUGCAGCUGAUUGGUCGGGGCUGAUGAUGUCACCAGAGGGGCUGUCUGUGAGGAUCAGGUUUACUGAGUUAUGGUGUCACUUGCCUGAGUCACACCUGGAAUCACAUCACACCUGAGACAUGUGUUGGGAUCCCUGGUUGUGGUGUUUCUCAGACAAGUGUCCAGAUAACUGUGUGUCGGCUGCAUUGUGUUGGUCAGGCUGCAGAGACAGUGCAGCCACAUUCAGCUCGACUCAGUGAACGUGCUUCAUAGCAGCAGGCCUCUGGUGUUCAACAUGUGUUCUCUGCUGGAUAUUGAUCAGUACUGAUCAAACUGAAUGAGUGGUCACAUACUUUGAUUAACUAACUGCUGCAGCUUCUCCCUCUGUUUUCUCUGCAGAGCUUUCACUGAUUUACACUGUCAAACUGUACAAUGAUAUGUUUUAUGUUUCAGAUUGGGUUCACCUGUGAAAUAAUCUCUUAAUGUUCUUGUUUCUACAUCUGUGGGUGAAAAACAGCUUUUAUGUCACACAUGCAUCAGAAAACUCUGAUGUGUAAAUGAAUGAUUGUAUGAAUUAACAUUAAUAAAGUAAUGAACUCAGAGCUGUUUGA